UGGUAACGCUCCGUCAGAACCGGCUGGUGCGCGAUAGAGUACGCAACAGCGGCGCAGCGUUGGUCACGAGCCAGGGGCACAGUUCAAGGUCUCUAGUGCGUCACUGCGCCGAGCCGGCCACGGCGUGAAUGAAGCCGGACCAGGCGCUCCUCUACAGGAAGCCGUAGUGUCUUACAAGCUAAAUACUUUCUGCUGCUAAAACGGUAGUAUACAGUGAAGGUGAAACAUCUGAAUGGAUUUGUGUCCUGACAAAUAUUAGGAAAUAUGAUGUCAUCACAUUCCAGUUUUAUCCUGGCGUUCAUUUUAACGAUCUUUACGUAUUAUUCGGCAGCUUCCUACAAGUUUAUUCGAAAGGAUCAUGUUUUUGAAGAGUGCAACAUUAUGUCACAGUGUGAUGAUAAUGGUACAGAAAUUGGUACUAGCAACUUCACCCUAACUGACUUUAACACAGGCAGUGUAAAAGUACUCUUGCCAGGAAGUUUUGAAAGACAACUAACCUUGUAUACUUGUGAAGAUACUGAUCCUGAAGAUACUCUCUAUGUGCACUCAAUAUAUAACUGUGAAAUGCCCAGUGAGAAUGUGUCAUCAGAUUGCAGUUACCAAGAAGUUAUUCUUCAUUACCUUUUUACAAGCUGCUAUUAUCUAUAUAAUAAUAACAAUGUCAGCAUAGCUUAUGGUUGUGUUCAGACAAACUAUACAGAUGAUGCACUGAAAAAAGACUGUAGUAACAAAGCUGAAGCUGUUUUAGUCCAAGAGAAAUACACUCUCAUUUCUCUCAACAUCACACCAUUUCUACAUAACAGUGUAUUAAAGUUCUUUGUGGAUGAUGCAAACUGUACGAGGGCACCAAACAAUGAUGACUUUUGGUGGAGCGUAGAGAUAAAAGAAGACCAGAAUGAUGAUGUUAUCACAGAGAAGAAUGAAACUCAAAACAGGACUGUUGACUGUGCUAUUGUUCUGAAUGAAGAAGUUGGCAUACGUCAGUUACGUUGUGAAGUUAACCGGACAGACAUAUCAUGCAUAAUGGUCAUGAGACAGAAGAGUAACAAUCCCAUUAAUGAUGGGUACUGUAACCAACAAAAUGUUACCUACACAAUAAUAGACCCUUUGCGACCCUAUGACAAUGUAGAAGGUACAUUUCCGGCAGCUGAUGUAUCAAGAACUAAAUGUACAUUGUUCCUGAUGAUUAUCCCCUUAAUAGCAGUUGUAUGUGUUUACCUCAGACUGUAUUUCUCAGAUGAGGAGGACAAAGAGAAAGAGAAAGAUCCAGACAGGCCAGAACCUCUUCCAUAUUUAAAAUGUAAGGUGUUACUUUUAUAUCCUCAGGAUUGUGAUUCUUUCAUGGCUACAAUGAAAAGUCUGAAAAUUUUUUUGCAGAGUUUUAACUGCUUUGAGGUAUAUGAUUACUUUGAUCCCAAGAGGUUUGGAGAAAUAGCAUGUGAUCCACAGGGAUGGGUCAGCAGCCUACUUUCACAUAAAGAUGUGAGGAUAAUUCUAGCAGAAACUGAUACCGCUUUGCUCCAUCAACUAGCUAUUGCAAAGAUAUGUGUUGUGAACUAUGUUUCACCUUUGCCAUAUAGCAAUCUUUUUGCAUAUGGUUUACAAAAUCUUCUACAGAGUCUCAGACCACAGGAAUAUAGUCGUAUUUUUUUGAUAAGAUUUGAAGAUAUUACUCAAGACAAGGAAAUCCUUAAGCUCUCUAGAUAUCAGAGGUAUAAACUUCCAGAACAUGUCAGAAAUCUUAUUUCCAAUAUGAGCAACCAUAAUCUAAUUCCUUUCAAAGAAAUAGAGGAAUCAAUUGAAAUGAAAAGACUAAAGCAUUCCAUAGAUAAAUUCAGACAAUUCCAACAACAGAAUCCUACUUAUCAUACAAAAAUAUGUGACAACCUAACAAAACUAAUUUAAAUUACUUCCAUGAAAUCAAGAGGGGAAGUGUGAAAUGGAUCUAUUACUGCCAAGCAGAUGAAUGAUCUACCAGAAGUCGGAGUGAAAAAUGAAGAAAGUGACUUAUGUUAUGAACUGUUUAGGGAGAGAAAAAAAGAGCAGUGAUUACAAAAGCAGCAUGAGACUGAAAUGUCUGUGUAGCACUGUCAGUCAAAUGGCUUCCAGUACAUGCAAAAGACUCGUUAUUACAUUCAUGUAAAUAACAGAAUGGCCCUUGCAGGCAGUGCUACAUUAACUAUUGGAGAAAUGAAAAUGUGUAUCGCCAGAAGCUAGUUCUUUGGAUCUACUGUUUUCAGCACACAACUAUAUCAUGUGAAGCUGUGUUGAGUGUGGUUUAUCCACCAGCAAAUGUAGCAACACAUGCAAUAACCCAUUUGCAGCACUGACUUGCCCUGUGUGACUUUUUUCCCAGUUUCUUCAUCUUGCCACUUAUUGUUUCACAUUUCCUACCAGUGAUGAACUCUGGUAUACAGAUGAUACAUUUUGCAGCCAUGUUGAUAACAUUUUGAGAUUAGAGCAAUCUCUUCUUUGGAACUGUCAUUGUUUGAAUAAUUUGAAACCUUGUUCUUUCUUCCUGUAGCUAGCCCCUCGUUUAGGGUGACAGAUUUCUUGUUUUGCACAGAAUUACUUGCUAAGGUUUUCUUGUUUCUUACAAUCAAAAAAAUCUUCCAGCUUCUCGUUAUAUGUGUAGCUGGUCAGUACUGUACUCCCUUCCCCUUUCUGCUAGCGAGGUGGGUUUUGCACUUUUGUUACUGGUGUAAUGUGCUUCAGAGGGUGGAGAUGGAAACAGUAUUUCACAGGGAAGGAGACUGAGGAAUGAGUGCAACAUUAUCAUCCACUUCCAGCCAGAAGUCUUCAUUUUGUGUAGCAUUUGAUAGAUGUUGGAUUUGGAUUCUUGUUCAGGCAUUUGGGAGUUCACUGUACAUAUUUAUUCUUUCUAGUUGCCUGUUGUUAAGGGCUUCAAUAAUACAGUCUGUUUCAUUGAGAACAGCAUCACAGAAAAGGAAGAUAUUUCCAGUGUAAAAUCCUCUGACGACAUUAGAUGCUGGUGAGGCCCUCGUAAAAACAUUUUCCAUGAGAUUAUCAAUUUCAUAACUGUGGCACUAUCCAGACAUUAGCUGCAUAAAACUACCUACAUGUCACAUGGUUGUGAAAAGUUUUAAAUGCUUCAUAAAUACCACAUUGGAAGACAGCAUUUUGUAAAUGCUAUGUAGUGGCAAGUGACCUGUGAUGAAGUAUAUCAGCUCCAGCUGUUUGGUAGGUAAAUAGUGAGUAUCUAAAGUACAGGUAAGAGGAUCUUCAACUGAAAGUUUCAAAAAGGAAGCAAAUGUUUUCCAUCCAGUGACAGAAAAGAUCAUACUAGAUCCAUUCUGACUGAUGGAACCUUGCAGUGUUCCAGGAGGAUCUCCUUUCAUUAGGUUAAUAUCAUUUUUUUCUUUCUAUGGAAAAUGAUCAUGGGAGAAACGAAUUGACCGCCUACCUACAUGCAGGUGACAUUCAGGUUGGUUUUGCUUUUUCUUCAUUCCACUUUCUAAUAUUACCCAUAAUUGAGCACAUACUAAGAUGCCGAAGUGCUUAAUCUGCUAUUGUGACACUCACCUGAAAAACUGAAGUUAAGAAAAGUAUUUUUACAAAAUAUUACACCAAUGGAAUAUUCUAUUAAUGUUCUCUUAAACUGUAUUAACUAACAGAGAUUCAGUUAUGCCUAUGUGGUCAUUACCCAGCCAAAAUUGAGGUCAAGAAAAUUAUGAACAAACUGGAAAAAUACAUUGCUGUCUUUAUCACUGAAAAGGAAUCAUUGCUAGCCCACUGACUAGGGGCACACAAAAGCUGAAAGUUGAAGUUGACUGCACCACGGAUUCCACACCACAACUUGCACAUAUAUAUCUGCAUUGAGAUAUUUUAAUGAUUUUACUAACUUAAAUUAUUCUUUGAACAUUACCUCACAUUUAUUAAGGCUGCUUUCAUCUCAUUUUCCUUUAUUUACUCAAUUCCACCCUGUCUACAUGAAAUUCUUAUCUCUCCAAGGUCUUUACUCAUUUGUCCUCAGGUGAUGGCAACGGAAACCCCAUCUGUUUUUAUUACUUUUCCUUUGAGAUUCUAUCAGUUAAACAACAAUAUGAAUCUUUUCCUUGAUCUUUAACCUACUGUGAACACACUUUCUAGAUUCAUAAGAUUUUUCAACUAAACUUAUUUCUCUGAAGGCACAGUAACUGUUCUUUCACAGAUUUCUUAAAGAACUUCUUUAGUUAUUUUGGAGAUUACUAUGGUUGUAGCAUCAUCAAAGAACCUUCUCAUCCAUAAAUCUUAAUGACUAAUUGGCAAUUAAGUCCCAUGGCUACUUUAGUUAUAGAUAUACACUGCCUGACAAAAAAAAAAAAAAAAAAAAACGUGAAGCACCUAGAAGGAUGGAGGGGGGGGAGGGGCAUGGAAUGAAAAUCUGUGGUUUGGAGACUAUGUAAUGUUACUGUAGUGAUUGAAAAAUUGAGUCAAAUUUAUAAAUAACAUGGUCUUAUGAUCCCAUUUAUCAGUAGGACAUUGUACCCCCUCUGGCCUGAAUGCUUGCACUGAUUUGGUUUGGAAGCCAAUGUAUACUCUCCCGAGACAAACAUCGCCCUCCACAGGUGCUGCAACUGAUCAUUGAUAGCCUGGAUAAUGGCACUACGACAGGGUUGAUGUCCAAGCUAGGCCCACACAUGUUCUACAGGAGAUAGAUCUGGGGAGUUCCGUAAUAUCGUGUGACUGUUCACAGAGACACAUCUCAUACAUGGAUGAGCAUUGUCAUUGUGAAAUAUGAAACCAUGAAACUGUCACUUGAAACAUAACACAUGAGUACAUAGAAUGCCCGUGAUGUACUGAUGUGCCAUCAGAGUGCCCUCAGUCACUACCAGCCACGACCUGAAGUUGUACGCAAAUGGCACUCUACAUCAUUGUGUCAAGAGUAACACCACUUUGCCUCUCCAUAACAUUGAAAGAAUGGAAGGUGGCUAUAUUUUCUAGACCCAAAUUUGGGCACAUUAAAAAAAUAUGUUGCAUAAAUAAAGAUAUUAAUCAAAUGUAAUAAAUGCAAAAAAAUCACUUUAAUUUGUUAUAAAAAGUGCAUUAAUGUAUAGUUUACUAGUACCUUCUGUGAUGAAGGAACAUGAGCAGACCUACUGUAUGUAACAGUGCAGUGUGAAUUUUCUUCAACAGCAUAUGAAAAAACACACUGAGACAGGUAAAAUAAAUAACUAAUUUCAAGAUAAAUUAUUUCAUAAAAGUUAAAUCCAGGACAAAUAGGUGUCGUGAAUUACCUUUUAAAUAGUUUAAUUCAGAGCUACAAAAAUCAUGACAGUUCCAAAAAAAUAAAUGGGACAGGUGGUCACCUUAGAAGAAUGGGUUCCCUCCCCAGGUCAUCACCACAAUCACCAACAAUGGUCAUCCGGGAUGACAUAGAAUUAGCAUUCAUCACUGAAAACAAUGUGAUGCCAUUCAUUGUUCAGUCCAUGCUUCCUGGUCACAUCACCAAUCCAAACACAGCCAUUUGUAUUGUGCUGUCAACAGCAGUCCACAAAGGGAGGGGAGGGGGGGAGGCAGUGUUCCCUGGUCUGCCUGCUGCAAGUCUGCAACCACUGGUGUGCAAUGACACAGAAUGUCAUGGUGUGCCCAUUCUUGUUUUUUGGACAGCAGGCAUAGAUGUGAAGGGAUUACAGUGUGCUUGGUGCACAAUAUCACAAUAUGGCAAUCCUACCUUGUGGUAAUCAGAUCAGGUCACCCAGAACCCUGACAAUGAGUAGGCCUGGCUUAAAUUCCCAAGCAGUCCAGCAUCAACACACUGUCACAUCUAAAUGCCACACAAUUCUGAAAAUUCUAUGAUUUGGCCAGCUGGCCAAAUGGAGACACACAAUGAGGCUCCUAUCAAGCGCUAUCAGAUACUGAUAACACUGUCUCAUGCAAGUAUGCUGUACCUGUGGGUCCUUCACAGUGCUCGCCCAACAUCCGACACUGUUCACACCCUUUGUAUACUCUGCCAUGCCUUGUAACAACAUUAAACAUUAACAACAUUCAUGCUCUCUGGUGACUGUUCUGCGUGUCACAGAGAACUGCAACUCAAAACAUUCACACACCUGCUGACACUUUUUACAUGUGCAAAGUUACAUUGAAUCUGACCAUAUCUUCUGGGUGCUUCACUUUCUUGUCAGGCAGUGUAAAUAUUAUGAGAAAAACCAACUGGAGAAUUACUAAACCUGAGACAGAAAUUUCUGGUGGAGAGGGUUAAAAGAAAGAGUUGUUUACUCAAAACUCCAGGAUGAGAUAGGCGCAUCUUAAGUGAGAUCCAUUAUGAAUCUGGAUUGAGGACAUACUGUUUCUUCUUAAUGUCAGUCUCUCCAGCAACAGAUAGCCUUAUUGUUGAAUCCAGCUCAUAUGUCCAUGGUAACGUGAAAUGAUAUAAACUGUUUCCAUUAGCAGUUUCUGAAAGGGAGAGGAGCAUAACAGACUAUUUUUACUUCAAAAGUUUAUUAAACAGCCCAAGACAUUCACUGCAUGUCAUUAACAGAUUUUGAACCAUUCUUUAAGCAAAUUAAUUCACAUGUGUAGAGCUCAACAUCAUUACCAUGCUUUGUGAAAAUCAAUUGCACCUAACUAAAUUAGGUUUCUUUUCCCUGACAGAACUGUAAUGACAGCCAUCUUUUGUUCCUGUACCAUAAGCAAAUAUGGACCUUAAUUUGAUCUUCAAACUAGAUAAAAUGACUGGUACCUUGCUCACAUUUAAUUUAAAGCGAGAUGAGAUUUUGUUUUGUACAUAGUUGUGAUGUAAUCAUAAAGACAAGCAAUUUACACCAUAAUGUAGAAAACUUAGUUAUUUAGUUGUUUUGGGUAAAGAGUAAUUAGUCCAAAGGCAAACAGUUUGGCAAAGUGUGGAUCAAAUAAAAAGUGUAGUAUCAGACAUUUCAUUAAUCUGUAGUGACUCUAUACUGUAGCAAAUGGAAUGUUUGGUUUUAGAAAAAGAAACAAAGAGAAUUACCUAUAAUUAAUGCAGGCACUAAUACAAAUGGCAUUGGGACAGCUUAACCAUAAGAGCUUCAGUCCAGUUGUGCUUGGUUAUUAUCCAAAUGUGCACUAGUAAUAUUGAUCAAACAGUACAGAGCUACUGUUGUAAAGAAAUUUGUUACGUGUGUUCCAAGGAAACUAUAUUUUCUUCAGAGUCAAUUACUUUCACAUUAAUAAAUACAGUUUUCUGUGUUUUACUGUGCUACAGAGAGAAAGAGGGAGGGCACUCUAAUUCAAUGCAUGUAUUUUUUGUAGUGUUGUUAAAUGUUGCCAGUGACUGAUUUCCUUAUGUUUUUUUGUAUUAUUGUUACAUUACUUUUGAUAGAAUAUUGUCAAUAAGUUAUUUAUUUAUUUAUUUAUUUAUAAUUGUGCUUGUGACGUUUUAUCACGUACUAUGUGUAUUUUCUGUUUCUAAAACCGAAGAACGUAUUUUCUUAAUAAAUGUGUCUAUUAUUUA